UUCAGUGGCGCGCACAAGAAUGCUGCUCCCAAAAGGCAAAAUAACCAAUUUAAAAGAUUAUUGACCACAAAUAAAUCAGAAAGAGAAACAUUUCCAUCCAAAUGGAUUCAACAAGCGGUAGCAGCGCGGCGUCAGGGGAAGACGAAACCGUCCGCUUUGCGCUUCUCAGAGCCGGAGUCCUGGGGUUAAUCUUUGUGCUUGCAACAUGUGGAAACCUUUUCUUCUUAGUCACCCUUUGGAAAAGGAGGAAGAGGAAUUCUCGGACCCAGCUCUUCCUCCUGCAUCUGUGCUUUGCGGAUCUGGUGGUGGCAUUUUUCCAAGUCCUGCCGCAGUUCUCCAUAGAAAUUACGCACAGGUUUCGCGGGACGGACUUCCUCUGCCGCCUCGUAAAAUACCUUCAGGUGGUCGGGAUGUUCGCCUCUGCCUAUAUGAUAGUGGCCAUGGCUAUAGACCGCUACCAUGCAGUUUGUAUGCCUAUGGUUUCCUUUCUAGAGGGCUCUUUCAGAAGGUACGUCUCCAUUGGCGCAGCGUGGCUCAUCUCCCUGGUCUUCAGCUCUCCGCAGCUCUUCAUCUUCUCCCUCCAGGAGGUGGAAGUCAAUCUCUAUGACUGCUGGGCGACAUUCGUUGAACCCUGGGGGAGCAAGAUCUACAUCAGCUGGAUCACCCUUGCAGUGUUUGCUGUCCCUGCAGUUAUUCUGCUCUACUGCCAGAUGAGAAUAUGCACAACUAUCUACUUCAACAUGAAGAGGAAGGCUCUGCAGUCAGGACGCACAGGCACCAAGGGGGUCUCCAAUGCUAUGCUCAAAACAGUGAAGAUGACUUUUGUGAUUAUAAUGGCAUAUACAGUCUGCUGGAGUCCUUUCUUUGUUGUGCAGUUGUGGUCUGCAUGGAGCCCAAGCAGUGCCCCUACACAAGGUCCAAUAUUUUCAAUUAUCAUGCUGCUCGCCAGUCUCAACAGCUGCACCAACCCUUGGAUAUAUCUGUACUACAGCUGAAAAAACAGGCCUUAAAUGAAAGGAGUCAGAAGAAGAGAAAUAAUUAACAAGGUCUCUGAAAAAAUUCCCACCUGUGACAAUCGGGGAGAAAACUUUCCAUGUUCAGCUGCACGGAGAAGACUUUGAAGAAGAAAGGCACGUUUGUUGUGUUCUCCUUUUGUAUAAAAAUAAGCUCACGCAGCUUUUCUAUGAAACAAAAAGGCAUGGAUUUAACAAGCAGCGGGAAACGAGCAAAGAAACAACACAAAUAUAUUCCGACAUGCUUCAUAUUUUCAGGAGGAGAUGCAAUGACUGUGAAGUAGCAAAACUGCUUCCUGUUUGAUAAAGAUGAAAAAGAAAAUGAACUACGAGAGACAUUGAUUAUGAUUCCUAUCAGCAAGUGCAGAUAAACAGGACGCAUGGAGGCUAGGAAUAGAAACGGACACAAUUAGAUUGACACAUGUAAAUGAUGAAAAAUAUAAAAUAUCAGAUUAAGUAAUUUUGCUAAUGCCAUUUUAUUUUAACAUUUAUAAACGUUUUGUCCCCCCCUGCCCCAAGAUCAUAGAGAGUAGGAAUCAUUUUUUAUUUUCUGCUUCUUUUACUAUUGUCUUUAAAAACAAAGAGCCUUUCUUUCCAGAAACAUAUCAACCUAUUUGCAUAUAAAGACCCAUGGGGAACAUUGCACAUUAUUCUUAAAUUGGGUAAAAUCUGAAAACUUCAUCCAACAAUUUUUACUCCUGAAGAUCUGAUUCUUCACCAUACAUACAUUCAUCAAAGUUGUUUACUUUGUAAAAUCCUUCUAAAGCACAGAGAACAAAAAUAUUGUCUAUAAAAU